AUGGAUGCUCUACCAGGAAGAAGCAGAGCCGGUUCUGUAUAUUCUGACACAUUGAAUGGUAUCUCCGUCCGUCUACUUCGCUUCUCGCAGUCUGAAGAUGGCACUUUUGUGGGUGAGCUCCAAACUUUCCGAUUGGCUAACGCCCCUCAUUUCUUUACGGCGAGUUAUGUAUGGGGCACGAGGGCAACCUCAGAAACUAUUAUCCAUCUAGAAACCGGACCGUUACAAGUAUUGAAUAGUCUUGUACCUUUCCUGCACAUGGUCACGAACCAUGACGACUUCGACGACAAGGAUUGGUGGUGGAUAGACAGUCUGUGCAUAAACCUCACGAAUGGACACGAGCGGGAGCAACAGGUACGGAUCAUGGCAGAUAUAUAUAAAAGAGCACGGAGAGCUAUCAUUUGGUUAGGCGAGGAAGUCGAAGAAGGCAGCAAUUGUACCGGUGCGAUCGAGUUUCUGCAUUACCUUUCUAGCUUACAAGUUGCGUUCAGUGGAGACGAGUUGGCCAUGCGCAGAAACCUUGACGACCCAGAUUUCACAUCAAAAUGCGAGGCGGUAAGCAGUCUGCUGUUCAGACCUUGGUUCACACGAGUUUGGACGCUGCAAGAAUUUGUCCUUCCGAAAGAAGCGAAACUGUACUGUGGCAAAACCAGCAUUACCCGCAGGAAGUUCAAGAGUGCGAUAUACAGCAUGUUUCUGUGCAGCACAAUCAGUCAGGAUUUUGAGCAUCGACUCGUGCCACGUAAAGCCUUUGACGGGGCCUUCAAUCGUAGAAGGAUUCAUCAAAGAUACGCGAACCCAAAAUCGAGAGGCAUAGGCCUUGUCUCCAUCAUGGCCUACUUAGGCAAUCACUCAGCAACCGACAGCAGAGAUCGCAUCUUCUCCGUUAUGGGUCUGAUCACCUCGCGAGAUCGUGAGCUUAUAGGUGCACCUGAAUACACUUCGAGCACCGAGCUCCAAUUUGCAAGGCUCGUGCGAUCCUUCUGGAAUGAAUAUAAAAAUCUCGAUAUCGUUUGUUUUGUACAUCUCUUCAGCCGAUAUUCGGGUCCCGAAGAUCCCGGCGCAGAUAAUGCAGUACCCUGGUGGGCCCCGGACUGGCGAGCCAUGGCCGAUUUUGCGUCGCCUGUUCCAUUGAUGGCGAGCCAAAGUGCAAGCGUGCACAUUGACAAUUUCAGGCCCUUGCGCUCUACUACCUGGAAAGCAAAGUACAACGCUCCUGGAUCUCAGCUGAACAAGAAGGCAAACGUGCACUUCUCUGACAGCCUGAAGGAGUUGUGGUGUGAUGGUGUCGUACUUGACACCAUUCACGGACUAGGCGGACUAGACGACCGCGAGCUAAGGUGCAAAAGUUUCAUCUGCGCAGAAGAGGGCCAUGCAAUGCUACAAUCUACAAAAGACCAAGAAAGAGGCCCAAGAUCCAAGAUGUUACCUAAAGACUGGCUGGAGGCUAUCGCCCGAUCUCUCGUCCUCGACCGCCAGGAUAAGUACCUUUGCUUCCACGCGCCAACACACUACAUCAACGAGUUUUUGCACGUAUGUUAUGCCUGUAUAGCCGAUGAACCGGUUGACUGGAGCUUCGCGACUUGGUUCGAUCACAACAAGAACCUACGAUUCGGCAACCAGACAUUGGAAGAAUUGAUUUACGCGGUGCCAGCAGAAACAUCGUCCUCCCCACCACCACUGCAUCGCCCGCCGUCGUACCCAAUACAUCAACAGGACGGGCCCGACUCCGAUAAACUUGACACUUUCUUGUCACGAUUCCAUGACACGGUGCGCAAAAAGGCGCGGAGACUGAUUGUCACCAGCGAGGGACUCGUCGGCAUGGCGCCUUGCCGCGCUCGAGAGGGCGAUGUUGUUGCAAUUCUAUUCGGAUGCAGCAUUCCACUUGUUCUUAGGAAACGAGGGGAGCGAGAAGCGUGGCAAGUCAUUGGUGAGGGAUAUGCGCAUGGGUACCUGAACGGAGAGGUUGCAAGCUUGAUUAAGAGAGGUAAAAAGAGUACGCAUCGAUUUCGACUAGUUUGA